AGCCUUUUUGGCUCAAGGGGGUCUGGGCCUUCGAGGUGCCAUGCCCGCGCCCGCGCGCGAGAGCCUCUGCGGGGCCCUGCCGGCGCGGGGCUGCCUCGCGGCGUGCGCGCUGGCCGCCGCGGCCUCGGCCUUGCCCGGCCUCCUCCUGCGCGCGGAGGGCGCCGGGCGAAUCGCGGCCUCGGCUGCGCCGGGCGCGCCGGCCGCCGAGGCGUGGGGUGGCCGCGCCUGGGGGCGCCUCGGGGGCACAGGUGCCGCGCAGGCUGCGGGCGCCGCGGCGGCGGCGGCGCACGACGGAGGCGCUCGCGGCGGCGCCGGAGCCGCGGGCGCGGGUGGUGCUCCGGCCGGCUCUGCCCUCUCCGCGGCCUCGUCCGGCGAGGGCGGCGCCCGGGGCGGUGGAGCAGUCAGCGGCCCGCCCGGGGCGGCGGGCGCGGCGGGCGCGGCGCCUGUUGGGCCGAGCGGCGCUGCCGCAGCGGGCACUGCUGCCGUACCCUCCUCACUCGCCGCGCCCUCGCGAGCGGCGGGGAGGCCGUUCAGCGGGCUGUCGGCGCUGCCAGCCCUGUGCAGGGACAACAAGAUCGACCAACCGGGCGGCGCGCGGCGGCCGUCGGACAUAAAGCCCGCGACGGAGGGCAAGCCGCUCGGGCCGGUGUUCUACCUGCACGUGCCAAAGUCUGGCGGGGCCUCCUGGGAGCGUGACGCUCGGAGGGCUGUGAAGAGCAAGGCGAGCUCCUUCCACCCCGUGGAGACCUGCAUCUGCUACGCGAACGGAAAGGACUUCCGGGUCGUGCUGCUGCUGCGGAGCCCUCCAGAACACGUGGUCUCUCAGUACACGCACUGCUCCACCUACCAUGGCAAGGGCAACUCAUCUUCCAGACUAGCGGAGAUGAGUUUGAUGCCUCAGCAGCUUGAGCAGUGGGUGCGCGUCUGGGCAGAUAUCAAGUAUCACACCCUGUCGUCCGACAACGUGAGUCAGGCUGCGGAUCUUCCCUGCGCCGCUGGCUUGCGGGCUUGCUUGGACAGGUACGUGUACAAAACCGGUUGCAAGUAUGUGCCAAUCGAUUUCCAGACAGAGCGGUUGACAUGCGACGGACGCAGACGUAUUGAUUUCCCAUUUCCCAAGCGGUCCGUCACUCUUGCUAUCCAGAACGUGGAGGAGGCAUGGUUUGUGGGCAUCGUCGAAGCAUACCAGGAGUCUUUGUGCCUACUUUACGAGCAGGUGAGUGGAGCUUUGCCAGACACGUGCCACUGCACCGACGUCGACAAGUGGCGCGGAAUGAAGUUGACGCACAACCAGCACGGCAUUACUUCUCGUUCAGUGUCUGAGCUCCCUGCGCAGACCAUCCAGCUUAUAGAUGAGCUCACUGAGGGGGACCGAUCAGUUUACAGAGCUGGCGUGGCUCGCUUCUUGAGAGAGAUCCGCAGAGUGGAAGCCAGGCACAACACGACGGUGCUGUGCAACAGCACGCUCCAGAAGCUAUUGGCUCGAGCAAAAGGAACGAUUUCCUUGCCUUAGAUGAUGUGCGGCACUUCGUCGGAGGGUAGGCCCGACGUUGCCUCAUCAUCCAGACCACUGUUGCUACUGCGCCUCGCCUUGCCUUUGCGGAAAAAA